AUGAUCACAUUAAAAAUGCAUUUUAAAAAAUAUUUAGCUAUUUUUGUAAUAUUUGCAAUCUUUGCAAUUCAAUUUACUGUACAAAGUUCUGAAAAUGAUGUUCUUUCAAGUAAUGAAUCAAAUGAAGAGGAAACUAAUUUAGUAGAAAAGAAAUCAGAAUUAUCAUCAAGUUCUUCUGAAGAAAACGUUGUUACAGAACCACCUAAAGUUCCUGAAUAUGAUAAAGAAACAACAAUUGCUACUAUUAUAAAAGAAAAAUCAACAAAAAAAGAAAAUGGUUUAAAAUCUAAAAUGAAAAGCUUGGGAAAUAGCGCUAAAGAAAAAUUAUAUGAAGCAAAAAACAAAUUGAAAAAUAGUUUACAAGAAACAAAUGAAAAAAUGAAAGAAGCUGGAAAAAGAUUUAAAGAAAAAACUGUAGAAUCACAUGUUGGAAGAAAAGCUAAAAAUGUGGCUGAAAAUGUUAAGAAGGGCUUUCAAAAAUUUUCAUCAGGAUUUAAAAACAAAUUAUCAAAACUUUUUUAA